UAACAAAAUUAAUUGGUCAGGGUUCCUUCAAAUUGCUCGCCUACGAGGAAACAGUCGUCCUUUUAAGUAUUUAACGAGAUCAAAAUCCAAGUUCAUCAUGGAGGCAUUUCACAAAGAGUUGAACGACAUCAAAGGAAUGCUGACAGGGUUUGACGAGAAGCUAGUGGGGUUCGAUGAGAAACUAACUAGCUUCGAUGAGAUGAAAAGCCAGCUCAACACAAUAUUGAGCAUAUUGUCAAUAAAAGGGAAGGAGAUUGCAACGAACGAGGAAGAAAUCAUAUUUGACGACGACGAUCACUAUGAACAACCUCAGGGAAACAUCUUGGGUAGUAAAUUCAUCCUUAUACCUUCGAAGAACACAGUAGACAAAGGUGGCAUUGGGUCAUCAAAGCAUGACAAAUCUGGAGAACCUGAGAAGCAAGAGGAACAUAAAAUCGAAGCUAUAUUAGAAGAAAAAUUAGAGCACAUGAAUGAACGGAUAAGAAGCAUAGAAGGAGUUGAAUCGUAUGAGCCUAUGGAUGCAUAAAAAAACUAUGUCUAGUCCUAAAUGUCAUGAUCCCUCACAAGUUUCAAAUGACAGAAUUUGAAAGUUACAAUGGCACCACUUGCCCAAAAAGUCAUCUGGUCAUGUACUGCAACAAAAUGGCCAACCAUAUCCGAGAUGAAAGGCUAAUGGUACACUGCUUCCAAAACAACCUGAGUAGUUCUGCCUUACGAUGGUAUAUAUGCAACUAGAGAAAACAAAAAUGAGAAGAUGGCAAGACCUAGAUGAUGCAUUCAUGAGGCAUAACAAGCAUAACCAGGAUCUGGCUCCAGACCGAGAAGAUCUGAGGAAUAUUGAAAAGAAAGAGAAAGAGACUUUCAGAGAGUAUGCUCAGAGGUGAAGAGAGAAAGCUACAGACGUUCAACCUCCACUUUCAGAAAAAGAGAUGAUGUCAAUUUUCUUCGGAACACUAAGGGCUCCAUAUUACAACAACAUGGUCGGAAUUACCACAACCAACUUUGCGGAUAUGCUUGUAAUCGGAGAACAAAUAGAAAAAGGUUUG